UCUUUCCCCGAUUGCUCUCACCUUCCUUCUUCUCUUCCGGUUUCCUUCUUUUUCCAUGCCAUACCCCAUUUCCAUUCCACAACCAUGAGUUGCAACGGUUGCCGUGUUCUUCGAAAGGGCUGUAGCGAAUCCUGUAUUCUUCGCCCUUGUUUGCAGUGGAUCGACACCGCCGAAGCUCAAGGUCACGCUACUGUCUUCGUUGCUAAGUUCUUUGGCCGCGCCGGACUUAUGUCCUUCAUCUCCGCCGUCCCUGAAUCUCAGCGACCUUCUUUGUUUCAGUCUUUGUUGUUCGAAGCCUGCGGACGCACCGUCAAUCCCGUCAACGGCGCUGUUGGCCUUCUCUGGACUGGAAACUGGCACGUUUGUCAGGCCGCCGUCGACACCGUCUUACGAGGCGGCACGUUACGGCCGAUCAACGAUUUCCUUGCUGGUGGUUCCCCUAAUCUGGCCUCCGACGACACUUCCGAGGCUGAAGUAGGCUGUACCGACAUGUGGAAGAUUCGAGAUUCUUAUCCUAAUUCUCGAUUCUCCAACUCCCGAUCCAGGCUCUCACCGAAACGCAAGCGAUCCGAGGAAUCAUCCACCAAGCACCAACUAAACGACCUAGAUCUCCGCUUGACGCCUACUUUUCCAGCCAAAUCAAUCCUACGCGCCGCUACUCCGUCCAUGAAUUCCGAGGAAUCCGAGACCACAACGUGCUUGGAAAGCGGCUUUGGUGAUCAUCAUCAACAUCACUAUUAUCCCGAAGAAGCUUCCGCUCAGCGAAAGCUUCUGAAUUUGUUCGUCUAAGAACAGAUUUUUCCAACACACGCUUGGCUUGUUACUGUGAAUCAGAGGUUCACAGCUGUAAAGCCAAACCUUAAUUAGGCGAAUUUUUUUAGAAAUUUUGUGGGUUUAAUGUAAGGAAGAAACCCGGAAGUGAAGUGACCGGGAAUAGAUUCUGGCGAGUUUUGUUGAUUGUAAUUGUAAUAUGGAUUCCACCGGUACAGGAUUUCACUCCUGCGUCCAGGGUAAAGAGAGGAGCCAAAGGAGUGAGAAAUGAGCGUCUGUCGGUGGUCCUUUUUGUUGCUUAUUUUCCCAUUUUGUAAUUUAGCUGUGGUGACUGCGUGACUCAAUAAAAUUCAAAUAAUAAUAAAUAAAAAAAAAAUAUAUAAUCCAUUUUGGCAUUUCAA